AACUCUUCUCCAUUCAUUGCUUCUACACCCUUUAUUCUCCAACAUAUUUACAUAUCAAUUAAAUCAAAACCCAAACAAGCAAAGCCGACAACAAUCUCUUUUGUACCACACCCUAUUUGUUUUUUCCUUAAUAGAAAAAUCACUCUAUUUUAUUAUUACUUUCACCAAACUCCUAAUGACUUAAUACAUGUUAUAUAAGCAAAAGAUUCAUCAAAAAAAAAGGUGAAAGUGUCAAAGAGAAGCGAGAAAACGAAGCACACAAGAUCCGAUAUGGAAGAAGAAAACACCACGAUCAUCAUGGCGUCACUCUCUACUCUAUCUCCUUCACAUCUCACAAAUCUAACUCACUCCAUCCUCUCAAUCUCUCACCACCAUCGCCGCCGCCUUGCCGCCGUCCUGUCCUCUCCGACCCUUUUCUCCCUCACUCUCCGCCACCUCCUCUCUCUAUCUCUGCCAGACAAAACCCACCUCAUCGCCAACCAUCUCCUCUCACUCCUCAACCCUCUUCUCAUCAACCGUAAACACCAAUCUCUCACCUCUUACGCCACCAACAUGAAGCUCAGGGACCUCGACGCUGUAGUCCUCCUCCUCUUUCUCUGCGAAACCCACCAGCUUGAUCCAGAUGUUCUAGAAGCUUCCGCAGAUAAUUGGCGGGAAAUCCUCGGCAACAUGUGCUCCGAUACCAUGCUAAGUAAUAACUCCGGUCUCUGGACUUGCGAUGCCGGAAUCUUGAUGCCGUACAUAGAAACCCUAGUAAGAUGCAAAAGAUUCGUGGACAUAAUGGGAGGCUACAACCACCUUCGCCGGGGAGAUCAGAAACAAGGAUACGAAGUUCCAGCAGCUAGAGCUGCAGUGGUUGCGUUACGUGCGGUUGAGGUAUUCAAAGGCGCAGGAGAAGAAGUAGAAUGCGUGAUAUGCAAGGAAGAGAUGAGCGAAGGGAGAGAUGUCUGCGAAAUGCCAUGUCAGCAUUCGUUUCACUGGAAGUGUAUAUUGCCAUGGCUAAGCAAGAAGAACACGUGUCCUUCCUGUAGGUUUCAGCUCCCCACCGACGAUGUCUUCUCUGAGAUCCAACGGUUAUGGGAGAUCCUCGUCAAGACUAGCGACUUACACGUGGCGUGAUCGCGACUCGCGGUGAUUGACACAUGUGUAAAAGAAGAAGCGUGUACAUCGUUCGUUAUCUAAUAAUAGUAAAGAUAUCUAAUAAAUAGUAUGAGUGCUGUUGAGUGUUUGGACCGUUUUGAUAUAAUUAUAGAACUCAUGAGGACUUUCGUUUCUUUUUUUUUUUUUUUUAAUUUUUAGCUGUUUUGUUACUAAAUAAGUUCGUUCAUGUAUACUAACGCGAAUAGGGAUUUGUUGUAAUAGAAAUGAAAUUAACAGAUAAAAGAAAACCAAUUUUAUUUGCUUCAUGUAA